AUGUGCCUAUACGCAGCAAUUUGGUUCUCCAGCGUCGCCGUAUCAGCCCGCGCAAGUGCCCCGAUUGAGGCUCCUUUCCUUCCAGGUGCCGAGAUCCUCUCUCUCAGCGCAUCGCCCGUCCUUGACUACACGCAGAUCGCCACGUUCGCGUUCAACUAUAACCAUCCCACAGUUCAGGCAACCGGCCUCAACUUUUGCAAUGUGACCAUCACCUUAAACCACCCAGGUCAGGGAGACGAGGUGGACGCUGAGUCCUGGCUUCCACUGAGUACCUGGAAUGGCCCUGCUCAAGAACUUCUACGGCCGGGAGCAUGA